AUGACCUCAAAUUCCCUCCGUAUACCUCACGGCCACACAAACUCCAAUGGUACGGAAAGCAGGCAGCAGGCUAGAUUUAGCCCAAAGCGCAUUUACUACCCCCAAAACCAGAAAGUGAGGCUAGAGUGUCGGUCAGACAAGUCGACGCUGAGCGUUGAGAGCAGUGGUUCCAACCUCGGGCGCCACUUUGAAGGAUCGACUCCAACGUGGACAGAGGGGACCCCUUCUUUUACCGAGAGCAGUUCCAGUGGCGAUAUAGACGCAGCUCUUAAGAUAAUCCCACAAAAAGAAAUCUAA